AUGAAGGUUAUUCUUAAGACCCUUGGAGGAAAGGAGCAUAUUCAAGAGGUUUCUCCUCAAACAAAAGUGGAGGAAAUUAAACAGACACUGAGUGCUGAAUAUGUUACGGAAGGGCUGCGCUUAUGUUGUAAUGGUGCCGUUAUAGAUAAUGCAAAAACAGUAGAGGAGUUGGGUCUCCAAGAAAAUGCCGUUAUUAUUAUUGCGGGAAAAAAACGUAAGGUUCAAGAGUCUGAGAAGGCACCGAACAGUGUAAAUUCCCAACCAACUGAAAAAGCGUCAUCUGCAAAAUCGGAAGAAACAAAUGAGGGGAAACCAACAGGGGAGCAACAAAAGACUGAGACUUCUUCUAACACAGUAGCACCUGUUACUAACACUGCCACUACCACUGCUGCCCCUGCCACAACAGGUGAAGCACAGGGAACAACAACAACAACAUCAUCAUCAUUCCCUGCUUCUUUUCAUGGAACUGACACACGUGGAAUUGAUCCUGCCCUAAUUGACAGCAUUGUUGCGAUGGGAUUUGAAGAUCGGGGGCAAGUGGCUUUGGCACUUCGAACUGCGUACAUGAAUCCUGAUCGUGCAGUGGAAUUUCUUUGCACAGGAAUUCCAUCCCGUGCCAUUGAACAGAUAGCUGAAGAAAUGAAUGUUCCAACCACUCAACCUGGGCAUUCUGCAGAGUUACCUAAUCGGAGAGCUCCACUAGGUGGUCAACCCCAAGGUAACUCAAAUCUUCGACAGGCACUAAUGAAUAUUCCUGAUUUUGAAGAAAUACGUGCUUUGGUUCAAACUAAUCCACAGGCUCUUGCAGCAGUUCUUCAGCAGCUCCAGUUACAUUACCCAGAAAUUAUUGAAUUAAUACAGCAGAGCCCUGAUGAGUUUGGGGCGAUUAUGAUGGGGGGCGGUCCUCAAGGCGCAGGUGGCGUUCUUCCUUCCGCAGGUCCCCCACUUGGGGAAGAAGAACAAGCCGCAGUUCAGCGACUUGUCUCGCUUGGCGGUGGUACGUGGACUGAACAUGAUGCGAUUGUAGCUUACCGCGCCUGCGAGCAAAAUGAGGAAGCCGCAGCCCAAUUACUUCUUGACAGUUUUUCUGGAAACAACUAA